GGCGCUCGUCCUCUCGUCUUCCCGGACCCUCAACCGCCACUUCCUCCCGUCGAUCUGACGUCACGACCGCGUUCUCGCGUGCAUGCGUGCGUGCGCAAGCGAGCUUUGGACUCCGGCUGACAUUGUAAUGGUCACACCGCGAAGCACUUGCAACAAAAGGCAGCCUUGAGAAACCCCCUCGGCUCCAGAGUAGGGGGAUAUGCUCGUCAGUGUUUGGCCCAGCUCGCUCUCUGUCGUGAUGGCAGCGCUGUACCAGGGCACGGACGCUUCCUCCCCGGAUAAAUUCCUCGCCCUGAAAGACGUCAGGGAAGUGAAGGAGGAGACCACGCUGGAUGAGAAGCUCUUUCUGCUUGCCUGCGAGAAAGGUGACUACUACAUGGUGAAGAAACUACUGGAGGAAAACAGGCACGGCGAGCUCAACGUCAACAGCGUGGACGUGCUCGGCCGCGACGCCGUCACCAUCACCAUCGAGAACGAGAACCUCAACAUUCUGCAGCUUCUGCUCGAGCACGGCUGCCAGGCCACCGACGCCCUGCUGGUGGCCAUCGACUCGGAAGUGGUGGGAGCUGUGGACAUCCUUCUCAACCACAGACCCAAACGCGCAUCCAAGCCAUCCAUCGCCAAACUAAUGCAACGAAUCCAGAACCCCGAGUAUUCCACGACCAUGGACGUGGCUCCUGUCAUCCUGGCGGCGCACAGGAACAACUACGAAAUUCUGACCAUGCUUCUGAAGCAGGAUAUCUCGCUGCCACGGCCGCACGCCGUCGGAUGCGAGUGCACGCUCUGCAACGCCAAGAACAAGAAGGACAGCUUGCGGCAUUCCAGGUUCCGCUUGGACAUCUACCGCUGCCUAGCUAGCCCUUCACUCAUCAUGCUAACAGAGGAAGACCCCAUCCUCAGGGCCUUUGAGCUGAGCACAGAUCUGAAGGAGCUCAGCCUGGUGGAGGUGGAGUUCAGGAACGACUAUGAGGAGCUAGCCAAACAGUGCAAGAUGUUCGCCAAGGACCUGCUGGCUCAGGCUCGCAACUCCAGAGAGCUGGAGGUCAUCCUCAACCACACGUCCAACGAGGAUCCGGUGGACAAGCGGGGGCUCCUGGAGGAGCGCAUGAAUCUCAGCCGCCUCAAACUGGCCAUCAAGUACAACCAGAAGGAGUUUGUGUCCCAGUCCAACUGUCAGCAGUUCCUCAACACGGUGUGGUUCGGCGAGACGGCCAGCUACCGUCGCAAGCACACCUGCCUGAAGAUCGCCACGGUGCUGAGCGUGGCCAUGCUGUGGCCGCUGCUGUCUUUCUGUUACCUACUGGUGCCGCGUUCCCGCGUGGGCCAGAUCAUCCACACGCCCUUUGUCAAGUUCAUCAUCCACAGCGCUUCCUAUUUUACCUUCCUACUACUGCUCAACCUCUACUCGCUAGUCUACAACGAAGGCAAAAAGAACACCAUGGGCCCGGCGCUGGAGAUGAUAGACUAUCUGCUCAUCCUUUGGAUCAUAGGAAUGGUGUGGUCGGACGUGAAACGUCUUUGGUACGAGGGGCUGGAAGACUUCCUAGACGAGUCGAGGAACCAGCUGAGCUUUGUGAUGAAUUCCCUUUAUUUGGCUACCUUUGCCCUCAAGAUAGUUGCUAACAGCAAGUUCAAGAAUGUGGAGGACACCGAGAGAAAGAACUGGGAUGCUUUCCAUCCCAUCCUGGUGGCCGAGGGCUUGUUCGCCUUUGCCAACGUCCUCAGCUAUCUGCGCCUCUUCUUCAUGUACACUACCAGCUCCAUCCUGGGGCCGCUGCAGAUCUCCAUGGGUCAGAUGCUGCAGGAGUUCGGUAAGUUCCUGGGUCUAUUCCUGCUCGUCUUGUUCUCCUUCACUAUCGGACUCACCCAGCUCUACGGAAAGGACCGGAAAGAUCCGGAUAAGAGUCCGCCUAGCGACUGCCAGGGUAUUUUCUGCCAGCAGCAGAGCAACGACGCCUUCCACACGUUUAUGGGCACGUGCUACGCCCUCUUUUGGUACAUUUUCUCGUUGGCUCACGUGGCCCUCUUCGUGACCCGCAUCAGUUACACGGAGGAACUGCGCUCUUUUGUGGGCGCUCUGAUUAUCGGAACCUACAACAUCGUGGUGGUCAUUGUGUUGACUAAGCUGCUGGUGGCAAUGCUCCAUAAAAGUUUUAGACAAAUUGCUAAUCACGAAGACAAGGAGUGGAAGUUCGCUCGAGCCAAAUUGUGGCUCAGCUAUUUUGACGACAAGUGUACGAUGCCGCCCCCAUUCAACAUCCUACCCUCGCCCAAGACCGUCUGCUACCUGCUCACCAGUAUGAGCAAGUGGAUCUGCUCGCAUACCUCCAAGGGACGGGUCAAGAGACAGAACAGCCUGAAGGAAUGGAAGAACCUGAAACAAAAACGCGACGAGAACUACCAGAAGAUUAUGUGCUGCCUGGUGCAUCGCUACCUGACAUCCACGCGGCAGAAGAUGCAGAGCACCGACCAAGCCACCGUGGAGAACCUCAACGACCUGCGCCAAGACCUGUCCAAGUUCCGCAACGAGAUGCGGGACCUGCUGGGCUUCCGUACUUCCAAAUACGCCAUGUUCUACCCCAGGAGCUAGAAGCCUUUUUACCUUUGCUCUUGACUUCUCCUCCUGCUACUCAUUUAUUCUUUGAGAGGAAAACAAAAACUGACUGACUAAGGCGAACUAGAAACACAAUCCAUGCAUUCUCCCGUUUUUCUAAAGACAGGAAGCCGUUGUUUUGAACAGAGAUACCAAUAAAU